AUGGGUUUGUGUAGUUCAAAUGUUCGUAAAAAGGGUUAAAAGAAUACUGAGAUAAGGUAAUUCAGUUAAUAGGACAUUCAUAAUUUUUAUAAAUUGGGUUAAGUAAUUGGUCGAGGUAAUUUUGGAACAGUUUAAAUUGGUUAUAAGAUAGAGUAAGAAAGGAAUGGAUUUAAGGGAAAGUGUUAUGCGAUAAAAUGUAUAGAUAAGGGGAGAAUAAAUAUGGAACACAUUUAAAGAGAGUUAGAGAUUUUAUCAAGACUUGAUCAUCCAAAUAUAAUUAGAGUUUAUGAAGAAUAUGAAGAUUUAAAUCACUUUUAUUUUGUGAUGGAAUACUGUAGAGGAGGUGAACUAUUAUAAUAGAUCUUAAACCAUGGAGCCUUAAAUGAAAGAAAUACAUAAAUAAUAAUGAGAUAAUUAUUUUCUGCAGUGGGAUAUCUACAUUAGAGAGGAAUAAUCCAUAGAGAUUUAAAACCAGAGAAUUUGAUGUUAGCAACAGCAGAUGGAGAAUUCGAUAUAAGAAUCAUAGAUUUCGGAUUAAGUAAAAGAGAAUAGAUAAUAAAAAAGCCAUAGUAAUCAAGAUCAAAAUGUAGACAUUAAACAAAAGUUGGAACUCCUAUUUAUGCAGCUCCAGAAGUAUUGAAAGGAGUUUAUUCUGAAACAUGUGAUGAAUGGUCAUUAGGUUGUAUUAUGUAUGUAUUAUUAUGUGGAGAACCUCCAUUUAAUGGAUAGAAUAUUCAUCAAUUAGAAUUAUAAAUUAAUAAACCUCGUUUAGAUUUUAGAGACAAUAUUUCAAUUGAAUGUUAAGAACUAAUUAAUAAAUUAUUAGAACCAAAUCCAAAUAAAAGAAUUACUUGCUUAGAAGCAUUGAAACAUCCUUGGAUCAUACGAGACACUAAUUAAUAUAGGAUGCUAACUACUAUGCAAAGUGAAGAUAAUAAUUUAGAAAUUGAAAGAGUAAUUGAAUUAUUAAGAUAAUAUGGUGAAAGUACUUCAUUUAAGAAAGAAUCAUUAAAAAUUCUAUUAUCAUAAUUAACAGAUUUUUAAUAGAAAUAUUUAAAAUUGAAAUUUGAAGAAUUAGAUAGAGAUAAUUGUGGAACUAUUAAAGAAUUAGAAUUGUACGACUUUUUGGAUUAACAAGGAAAGAAUUAGUUAUUUAAACAAGUGGGCAUGCAAAAGUUUAGUAAAAAUGAUUAAGGAUAUUAUAUUUCCUAUACUGAUUUUAUGGCAGCUCUAUUAAACCAACCAUUUUAUUUAACAUAAGAUAGAUUCGAAAAUUUAUUCAAUUGGUAUGAUGUAAAACAUAGGCAAUACAUAUCUAAGAAUGAUUAUGCAAUAGCUAUGAGCAGAAGAGGUUUAGUAAUCAGUUAAGAAAAGAUAGAUAACAUAUUUAAUGAGUUAAAUUUGGGGUUAAUAAGAUAUGAACAAUUUAAACAAGUGAUGAUUUCAAAUUCACUUUAUUAGAAUAAUCCUACCAAACCAGAGACCAGAUAAAAAAAUGGUUUAAAGGCUAUUAAGAUAAAUGCAUGUGUUGCGGAUGAAUGUAAAUUUUUAUGAU